CUGACGUUCCUCUCACCCCCUCCUUCAGAAGAAGUAUUUGCUGAGAGUUAUGACGAAGACGGGGCCGCUACUCAGACUCGAAUUGACAAGCCGGCAUCUACAGCUCCUUCCGCAGAUCUCAAAAAGAUAAGCCCCGUACCAGUGAUCGAGAAUGGAAUUUUGGUGUACGAGUGUGCCGACUGUCCAAAUCAAACGAACCCAUAUCAUGAUUGUGUUGCAUACUGCUUCGAACGUUACGGCAGGCGCACGUUUCAUACAGAUCAGCGCCUUGCUAGGCUGCGUGAUCGCAUGUUGCGUCGUUAUCCUUUGCCUAGCCAUUGGCUCGAGGUUGCCGAUCCAGUCACACAGAGGUUCUACUACUGGAACACGAGCACCGACGACGUCUCCUGGCUCUCGCCUCUGCACCCCCGCUCCGUUGUGACU